AUACCUCAAUGUCCUGUUCUGCUUAGCCUGCAGGUAUAGAAGAUUCCUUAAUAAUUUUUUUGUGAUCCAACUGUUUCAAAAGACAAAGGUCUUGACUAGUGAACCAUACACACCCUUUGUCUGUGAGAAAACAGAUCCACAAAAAAGAUGAAGAAGGGUCUCUCCCUUGUGUUGCUCAUAAUUCUGAUUCACUUACAUCUCAGUAAGGCAACAACAUGGAAGAUGGUCAACGGAAACUCCAAGGGUUGUGUUGGUGGCACAGAGGAUUGCCUCGUUGACAUUGACUUGGAAUCAGAGUUCUCCUUUGGUUCACAUGUGGCAAGAAUGCUCUAUGAUGUGAGUCAAUCUACUACUGGCAGAACGGGCAACAGGAACGGGGCUUCUGUUAAUUGCCCACAAACUCAAAAUUACCGUAGCUGUUUGCCAUCACCAAAUGGUGGUGGCCCUAGACAACGUUGUGGUGAUUACACAAGAACUUGCUAGGAACAUGUAUUUCAUGAAUCUUUGUCUUGUUUAAGGUUGUCAUGUAUAAUCUCACGUUGUUUUAUCUUCCUUAUGUUCUUUUAAGAUUAAGAUUGUCAUAAUUUGUGGUUGUAUUGUUGUGUAUUAUCUGUACGGUCAGUUUAAUAAAUGUUGAUAGGAAUAAUUCCAUGUGAAAUGGAAAAGUUUCUGAGAUGUUUGUGUAUGCUUCAGCAUGGUUUUAACCU